AGGCAGCCGGAGCUAACCGGAGCACACCGUGUGCCGACGCGUCGUGUUCGAACAGAGUCCGACCUGGAGCAGCACGACGUCGCGUGGUCGGGGCGCUCUCAGCCAGGACGACGUCGUCGCCCGUGAGGGUGGAGGUGAAGUGCGUCGCGUCCCUAUCGCGUCCUCAACGCGUGUGUGUUUAGUGGAGAGUGGUUUCGUGUGACAGUGGUGUGCGCCGGUUGAAUAUAACUUUUGGGAUUACCUCCUAAUUGCUGCUGGAUUUGCUCUGCUCUCCCGCCACGCCCGUAUUCAAGAUGAGCCAGUGACCCAAUGCGGAGGCGCCAUGGCCAGCUCCAGUCCGGGCGCCGUGGCGGCCGGCCCCGACCCGGCCGGGGUGGGCCCCAGGCCCGCAGCCCCGGGGGGCUCCGUCGGCGGCCCCAUCGGGGGACCCGCCGCGCAGCUGAGGGCGGCGGCCGCUCGCGGGGAGCUGCAGGAGGUGGUGCGGCUGCUCGGAGAGGGGACCAAGCUGCUCCCAGAUGAGGAGGGCCGCACGGCGCUGCACUUCUCCGCCUCGGCGGGCCACGCCGACAUCGCCGCCGCGCUCAUCAUCGCCGGCGCGGGCGUCAACGCCACCGACUCG